ACUGGAAGUGUAGGCGUUGUUUCUGCCGCUGAGCGGAAAUCACGCAGAACACGAGGCGACAGUGUGAGCUACGAUUAAAUGGACUCAGUCUGUUGGUUCUAAAUAGACCGGUCAUAAAAUAAUUGGAUGCUGUUCACUCACCGGUCAUUCUCGUUGUGAAGUGAGACACCUACAGGAUGUCAUCUCAGGAAGAAGGAGCAGCAGCAGCUGGAGCGUCACCCUGCACUGACAUGGAGGUCAUCACUAUCACCAUAGGAGCCACUGUGCCGACAGGGUUCGAACACACGGCUUCUGAGGAGGUCAAAGAAAAGAUCGGGGUUGAUGCAAGAAUUAGCAAAGACCGUGGUCGCAUUUACUUUCCGAUAACAACAGACAAGCUUUUCCAGGUUCAUCGUCUGAAGUCUGUGGACAACCUGUUUGUUGUGGUUGAAGAAUAUGACCAUUAUCAGUUCAAAGAAUCAAAGGAGGAAACACUAAGUGAACUGCAGGAGCUCGCCUCCAAACUCCCCUGGACCAACGCCCUGGAAGUGUGGAAACUAAACAGAGCUGUGAAAAAGAGAAAAGCUCACAGGAAAGGAGAGAGCAGCAGCAGCAGCAAAGGACCACCAGACCACGAAGACAAGGACACGACCUUGGCCAACACUGAGCCCAUGGAGGCUCCUCAGGAAGAGUCGAGUGCUGAAGGCCAGACGGAGGGGUCGCCCGACACCGAUCCUGCCGCGCUGAACUCAGACGACGCCGCAACCAAGGCCAGAACCCUUAAGUUCCGAGUGACGUGUAACAGGGCGGGGGACAAACACAGCUUCUCCUCCAACGAUGCAGCCAGAGAUUUUGGCGGAGCCGUUCAGGAAUUCUUCCAGUGGAAAGCAGACAUGACCAAGUUUGACAUUGAGGUUUUACUCAACAUCCACAAUGCAGAGAUGGUGAUUGGGAUCGCGCUCACAGAGGAGAGUCUCCACAGGAGGAACAUCAGUCACUUUGGACCCACCACGCUGCGCUCCACCCUCUGCUACGGCAUGCUCAGGUUGUGUAAUCCUCAGGUGUCUGAUGUCAUCCUUGAUCCCAUGUGUGGGACUGGAGCUAUACCACUGGAGGGGGCCAUGGAGUUCAACAGUUCCUUCUACAUCGCCGGUGACAAUAACAACAUGGCGGUCAACCGCACAGUCAAUAAUGUCUGUCACAUGCAGAAGAGGAGAGCCGAAAAGGGCAGCACUGUUCCUGGAUUACCUAUAGACACUGUGCAGUGGGAUUUGUGCAGUUUACCAGUUAGAACCAGCUCUGUGGAUAUCAUCAUCACUGACAUGCCCUUUGGAAAAAGGAUCGGCUCCAGGAAGAAGAACUGGGAUCUCUACCCGUCCUGUCUGAGAGAAAUGGCUCGUGUGUGUCGACCAGGUUCAGGCAAAGCUGUUCUGUUAACACAGGACAAGAAAUGCUUUGUUAAGGCUCUGUCCAGGAUGGGAGGACUGUGGAAGAAACUCCACACUGUUUGGGUUAACGUGGGGGGUUUACACGCUGCAGUCUACCUCCUGAAGAGGACGGGGGCUUCGUUUGGCCAAACUCCCGAAGAUGUUUAUGAGUCACGAGGACCAGUAAAUACACAGAUGGAUAACAAGCCCGAUGAGGCUUAACUCGUCCCCUCGGUUUACAUUCUGCGUCUCGUUAUCGUUUUAUUUGGGAAGACAUUAUCCUGAUUAAAGCAGGUUUAGUUUGUGAUGUUUGACAUUCAGGUCCAUGUGUCAUACCAAGAAGACGAACUGACGAAGAAUAAAGCCUCAUGUUGGCAGCACUCAGGCUCUAACGACGUUCACUCCUCAUGUUACUGUUUACUUUAAAAUGUAAAAUGUUUGACCUUGGUCUUCUGCUGUUUGUGUUCUGAAUAAUAAAAACUCUGACUAAG